AUGACACAAAAAAGGGAUAUCAACUCUCACAAGGGGACACUUGGUUCCAGUUUUCUUUGGUCAGCCGACGACUGGCGCUCAUGGAAGAACCACAUCCAACAAGUUGCCAAGAAAUCGAAAAUAUGGGACUAUUGCAAUCCCGAAACGGAGAGAGCAGAUUUGCCGAUCCUGAAAGAACCAGAAGAGCCGACUAUUUGCUCCGUUAGAUCUUUAGCCGAGUCUCUUGUCGAUCUUGAUUUAUCUGAUUUCACCAACCUCCACUCUCUCGCUUCGAAGUACAAGGCGGACCUGGCUACCUACCAACAGAAGCGACACGCCUUGGAAGAUCUCUCGAAUACGAUCGCGGAGACUAUCUCCACCGAAUACAGACGUCUUCUCCAGGAUGUACACGGCCAGCCUUACGAGCAGUUGAAGAUACUCUCGGGUAUCUUUGACCAUCCGCCACGGGCGACACUGAAAAAGCUUCAAUCAGACUGGAGUGCUCUUCAAAACCUUGGGGCUUCAUCUGACGUGCAGAAUUAUGUUCGGCAAUGGCAAAAUCUCUACCAGCAGUGUGUGGACUAG